AUGUCAAGGCGAGACGUCAGGGUUCUGUCGGCUGCCGCCGCCGAGCCGUACAAGGCCGUGGUGUUCGGCAGCACGGGGGCCGUCGGCAAGGAGGUCGUCCGAGCCCUCGCGGAGUCGGAGCAGUGCCAGUCGGUCGUUGCCGUCGUCAGGAGGCUCACCCCGGUGUCCGAGUGGAGAGGGGAUGCGGCCAAAAGCAAGACCAGCGGCAGCGACGCCAACUUCAACAAGGUCGAGGUAAAACGCAUCAACUACGACACUCUCGAGACUUCUCUCCCGGAACAAGAGAUGCGCGGGAAGCAGGUUGUUUUUUACUGCCUCGGCACGACCAGAAGCGACGCCGGCAGCGCUGCAAACUUCAAGAAAGUUGACUUUUCUUACUUGGAAGGCGUGUGCCAACUGUGCCGGGUGGCGGGGGUGGACCACUUCUCGCUGGUGUCGAGCCAGGGAGCGUCGGCUUCGAGCCCGCUGCUCUACCCGAAGGUCAAGGGCCAGUGCGAGAAGCUUGUGCGAUCAGCCGGCUACCCGCACACGAGCAUCUGGAGGCCAGGCCUUCUCGGGAGGGGCAGCAAGGCCAAGGGUGUGGAGAAGGUGGCCCGCUUCUUGGUUACCCCGGGGUGA